AUGUCUGUCAAUGAGUCAGUCGUCUCUCCACAUGAAAAUGAUAGUCGCUCGGCACUCCACCUUGAAGUAGAGCGUCCAAUCUCAUCUAUUGAAACACCGGUCAAUGUUGGUGGUACAACGCAAGACAUGAAUGCAGGUCUGGUCACUCCUUUCAUACUUGUAUUGCUUGGGGACAACCCCAUACAAAGCAGUUGUGGGUUUCACCAAUGUCGAAACUGUCGCUUUGCCAUAGAGCAGUACCCUGAUAUUCCCUGCAUUGCCGGAGCAGACCCCAAUAGUAGCGACAGUGAGAAUAUGAGAAAGUCUCUUGCAGGCAAUGAAGAACAAUUGACAAAGCAAUACGGUGAUCGGCAUGAGAUCUGGGACCGGAACUUAGCUGUAGGCGGUCGGCGGAUGAAGCGAAAGUGUUCUCGAUGUGAAUUGGAACUUCAAAUGAUGGGGCAAGCCCAUGGCCCAGAACCAAGUCACAUUCGUGUCGAAUAUUGGGAAACAUCUGUCGCAUUGAGUCUACGCAAUUACUCUGCAGAGUUGACAUAA